AUGAAUUUUAGCUCCUCCACCAGCCGAAAAUGCGAAAUCUGUGGAGCCGAUUUGAAGAAUGUCAGCAAAGUUGUGCUGAAAAAUCAUGGAAUAGACGAUGAAACAAAGUUGUUGGAGGCGGCGUCACUGAAGAUGUAUCCUAUUCCGCCCAACAGCAAGGCACGGUUGAAACUGACUAGCUUUGGUAUUUUCGACGAAUACAAGCACAUGGUCCCACUUGACCGGGACCUGAUAUGCGGUAACCAGGGAAGAGGGAAGAUUUUCUUCUUCGGCAUCGUCAAGUCACUGGAAUUGGAGGACACAUCCGCAGAAGAGUUUAGGGUAAAUUUGCUGAAGGCGGCUGCGGCCCUGAAAUGCGAGCCGGUGAAAAAAAUGGAAACGUCUGGGGUUUCGGUUGUCCGCCAGGUGUUUUCUGACGAGUUGAUGAGCCAGUUGUUUCAAAAUCACGUGAAGACGGUGCAAAAGGUGGAUUUCAUUAACUCCACCAGCCUUUCCAUUUUUCAAGCUUUUCACAUCGCGUGUAUUUUCAUCUGCACGGAUAGUAGUACCCGUUCCCUGCUGCUCUACAGGCGAGUCUUCCUGCGGUUGCGCGGUGUUAAGGAGUUCUUCAGAGUAAUCCCUCCAUCGCCGAAGAAUGUCAUCAUCCUUGGUCAGAGGGUGUCCAGACCUGUUCUUCAAGACUCUGAGACUGCCCUUCUUUUCACCUCAGAGCCGGCGGAUGGUCUGCCAGAACACUUUCUUUGCUAUGUGGAAAUUCGACACCUCACCGAACUUCUCCCAGGUACCAGCUUUGGCUUUGCGAGCCGCCUUGCGUGCCUCGGCAUAUUGCACGCGAGAAGAAAGCUCUUUGUAUCCAAGCCAUUUCUUGAAAUGUUUGAAGAAACUCUGUUUAUUUCUGUUUAACU